AUGAUGCUCUUUGACGAAAGCUUGUUUUUUAAAUCCACGAAUAAUAAGAAGUACAAAGAAGCAACUUCAUUGACACCUACGUUGGAUAUAAAACUUAGAAAGAGUCAUCUAAGGGAGAAAGUAAAUUCAACGGUGACACAGUUACUGCACCCUAAUGACGAGCAAGCAGAUAGUAUGAAUAAUGACACAAUGGACGAACAACUACCUGAAACCAAUAACGAGUUCCCAGAAACACAAGCUCCCCAGCCUAACCUGAUAAAUAAGAAAUUAAAUAAGAUUAAUAGUACAAAUACUAAAGAAAAUGAUAUGACCACGAAAGUAUCUCCUGUAGCAUUUGAUCGAACUAAGGAAAUAUUGUCUCAACCCGAUGAGAAUGCUGAUUGGCAAGAAAUACUGAGAUGGAAACAGCGUCGAAGAGACGUUGGCCUUUGGGUUGAAUGUCAUAGAAAGAACUGUAGAAAAAAUAGAUUCGUUGAAGAAUAUCAUGAUCCGACGGAUGUACCAAAAAUUUGGUAUUGCGAAAUGAAUUCUGACAAGUCAUUAGCGUCUUGUGACAUACCAGAGGAACGAAUACCCCCUGCGAUAGAAAAUGAUUUAAUUGAAAAUGAUUACAAUGCAGGUAGCAUUGUUUGGGCACGUGUACGCGGCUUCCCAUGGUGGCCUGCUAUAGUAAAUGAUUGCCCCGAUACGUUCGCGUUUUACAUGCUACCACCAAAUACUUCGAAGCCCAGCAUGUAUUAUGUGACGUUUAUCGAUGAACACGAAUUUUCAUAUAGUUGGAUGGAAAAAAGUAAAUUAAAACCAUUCAAAAAGUACAGCUACAAUCAACUUAUUAAGAAGACGAAGUUCAAUAAUAUUGAGUACAAAGAGCAGUUGCAAAGAGCGUACGAACUGGCUCGAAGUGCUCUUCCAUUGUCAAUUCUAGACAGAUUACAAAAAUACAGUUAUUUGGCGUUAUACUACAAAUUUUAUAAGUCUAACAACAAUUCGGUAGAGAUGGAAUCAAUGGAAUCGAUGGAAGUACCUUCUUCAUAUCCAAUACAGUUUUCACUGAAGGAUUAUUAUAAAGUAAUACGUGAAGAACGUUACGAAACGUAA